AAUAAUCUGUACGAAGAAGGAGUCUCACUGUUUACGGAAACGCAGUGAGGAAAUCCAUUCAUGGAUUCGUCCAAAUCCGAUAUUCUUUGACUUUUCAGCCUUUAUAUUUGAUUUUCCUGAAUCGUAUCGCCUCCCUGCUGUAGAAAUCCGUAGCUUUCAUCAUGUGGGACCAUGAAAUCAGAGCCAUGGCGUCCACUCACGCCAUCAUCGCCGGCUCGGUGUUCAUGGCCACCGUCCUCCCCACGGUGCUGGUCCCCGGCUUCUCGGUGUAUGGGACCCACCUGCUGUGGCUCUACUCGGUGUCUGCAGCUGUGGCUGCUGUCAGCGGGACCGUGUUCUGGCUGCUCGGCGUCACUGCGCCCACAAAGAAGCACACACUGGGAUACAAGCUGUCGAGGUUGUUCCGUUCAUGUGUCUACUUCUUCCUGUCUUGCCUGUUCUUCCACACGGUUGUCGUUCUCUACGGAGCCCCGCUGAUUGAAUCUGCUUUGGAGACCUUUUCGCUGGCUGUCCUUCUAAGCUCUCUGACCACACUGAGGUGUCUCUGUGUUCUCGGCCCCAACGUUCAAGCCUGGAUACGAGUGUUCAGUCGACAUGGAGCUAUGUCUGUUUGGGACACAUGUUUACAGAUAACAGUGGCCUGCACCCUAAUUGGAGCCUGGGUGGGAGCUUUCCCAAUCCCAUUAGACUGGGACAGGCCAUGGCAGGUUUGGCCUGUUUCCUGCAGUCUGGGCGCCAUCAUCGGCUACCUGACUGGACUUGUCGUUGCGCCCGCAUGGAUCCACUACCAUCGCAAACAGCUCACGUACAAGUGCAAGUGAUUGGAAAGAGCUGUGGCCGUCUGCCUGGCUUGAUGCGAAUGUGUCUGCUUGUUCGCUUUUUACCCGUUAUUUAUUGGGAACUUGGGAACCCUGUGAAUGGUUUUUGUAACCACAUGUUAUUUUGUACAUGUUCAAGAUGAGCUUGGGGAUUUUUGACAUGAAUAAAGAUUGAAUUGAUUAAAACUAUUUAGUGAUUUAUUGUAGGUAUUGUAGUUUUUGUGCUCAAACUUAGGAUUUGUGUUUGAUGCAAAAUCAUGUAGUCACUCAGUUUUUUUUUAUUUUUCUUACUGAUUUCUACAGUUACAUCUUAAUAAAUAGUCAUGAAGUCAAAUAAAUAAUUUAAUAAUAAUUAAUUAAUUACUAUUCAUUCAAAAAGUAGAACCCAUUAAGAUCAGUCAAUUGUUAUGGUGGCAUACAGCUAAAACGAUACAUAAGAACAAUAAAUAUGCUGUUCAUGAAGAAAUGUUGGCCUAUGUAUAAGUAUAUCAUUGUAUUAUG